GUUAAUGUAAAUUGUUCGACAAUCGGAGAGUUAAAAAAUUAAUAUAUGUAUUAAUUUCACCCUCUACUGAAUUUGCUUUCAGAUCACUCAACUUUGUUAUGGUUUACACUUGUGACGUCAUUGUGAAACAGUGAAAAAUGGAACGAUGGCGGAGGGUACAUCAUUGAAUAAAAUUGUUUGAUUAUUUAAUUUUUUUUCCAGACUCCUAUUUUUAAUCAUACAAGUUCACUCCCACUGCUUACUUGAAAUCAUAAUCCUAUCAUACAUAUAUAGUUCGCCAUUCAUACAAAAUGGACACUGGCGAUGAUGAGUUAUAUGAUGCUGAUUCAGGCAAUGAAUCUAGCGCAGAAGAUGAAGACGAAUUAUCCAUUUCAUUAGAGCCUGAAUCAAGUUCUAGAGAAAAAUUAGAUACUGAAGAGUUCCAUUACGAUGUUCUAUCAACUGUACAAAUUGUAGAACAUAUGGUUGAUUGCAUCCGAGAAGUAAACACUGUCGUUCAGAUUCCACCUACGAUCACUCGAAUCCUAUUGAAUCAUUUCAAGUGGGACAAAGAAAAACUAUAUGAAAGGUAUUAUGAUGGGGAUCAAGACGCUUUGUUUAAAGAAGCCCAUAUUGUUAAUCCUUAUAAAAAUCAACCAAGUUCAUCAAAAGAUUCUCGAUAUGGGGUGAGAACUGAAGAAUGUGAAAUAUGUUUAAUGAAUAUUCCUCGUAAUAUGAUGACAGGUAUAGCUUGUGGUCAUCGGUUCUGCAAAGAGUGCUGGAAAGAGUAUCUUACAAGCAAAAUUAUGGACCAAGGAAUGUGUCAGAUAAUUGCUUGUGCUGCUCAUGGUUGUGACAUUCUUGUAGAUGAUCAAACAGUAAUGAACUUAUUAACUGAUUCCAACGUGAUACUUAAAUACCAACAUCUUAUUACAAACAGCUUUGUCGAGUGUAAUAGACUACUGAGGUGGUGUCCACAACCAGAAUGCAAUUACGUUAUUGCCGUACAAUAUGUGGAUGCACAGCCAGUAACAUGUCGGUGCCGGCAUACUUUUUGCUUUGCUUGUGGAGAAAAUUGGCAUGAUCCUGUUAAGUGUAAUUUAUUAAGAAAGUGGCAAAAGAAGUGUGAUGAUGACAGCGAAACAUCAAAUUGGAUCGCUGCUAACACAAAGGAAUGUCCGAAAUGCAAUGCAACCAUUGAAAAAGAUGGGGGUUGUAACCAUAUGGUGUGCAAAAAUCAGAAUUGUAAGUCAGAUUUCUGUUGGGUAUGUCUUGGACCAUGGGAACCUCAUGGGUCUUCAUGGUAUAACUGUAACCGAUAUGAUGAAAGGGAGGCCAAAUCAGCAAGAGAUGCCCAAGAAAAGUCGCGUGCUGCUCUGCAGCGGUAUCUGUUCUACUGCAAUCGUUACCUAAACCAUAUGCAGAGUUUAAAAUUUGAACACAAGCUAUAUGCUUCUGUUAAAGAUAAAAUGGAGGAAAUGCAGCAACAAAACAUGUCUUGGAUUGAAGUUCAGUUUUUGAAGAUAGCUGUAGACAUCCUAUGUCAGUGUCGGCAAACGCUUAUGUAUACUUAUGUUUUUGCCUAUUAUUUAAAACGGAACAACCAGUCUGCUAUUUUUGAACACAAUCAAAGGGACUUAGAAAGUGCAACCGAGACAUUGUCUGAAUACUUGGAAAGAGAUAUUACACAAGAAAACCUUUUAGAUAUCAAACAAAAAGUUCAAGACAAGUACAGGUAUUGUGAAAGUCGGUGCAAAGCGCUGCUGGAGCAUGUGCAUGAAGGUUAUGAAAAAGACUGGUGGGAAUAUAUCGACUGAGAUUUUCAUUACAAAUCUCCAAAAUUUCUUACAGAAGCUAAAUUGUUGCAUAGACUGAAUCAUACAUUGACUGUUAAAGAAAUUCCCCACGUCCAAUGAAAAAAGGAGAAAAAAAAUUUUUUUCUCAGUAGGAUAAACAAUACUGCCACAGACAAUAAACUUUGUAUUUGUGUGUGUGUGUGCGUGGACGCGCAAUAAGUGGAUGAACAGAUUCGACUCUCGGGGGAAUAUUUUUUGAUUCCUAACAGCUUUACUUCAGAUAAUUUAAUAAAAUUGAAUUAUUGUACCCUCUUUGAAUUUUUGAUUUUUUUUUUCUUCAAAAUAUUGUAUACUCAUUUCAAAUUACUUUUAUUUGAUAAGAUAAUAAUUAUUUUAAUACUCAAUAGCUGCUAGUUUAUUGUAGAGAACAGCAGAAUAUCAAUUCUGAUGAAGUACAAUAAUUAAAAACACGCAUAUUAAUUUAAAGAGUGAAUAAGUUGAGGUAUUGCAUGGUUUUUAAAUUCUGUUUGAAAUUGAUUUUGUAUACUUUUUAUUGAAAUGGUUAUGUUUCAACACUUGAUACCAGAAUAAGUGUAUAAAAAACUACCCCUUCUUGAACAAUUAAAAUAAUGAAUAAUUUUUAAUUUAUUUAUUAUACACUCUUGAUCGUUUGUUUGUUUCAUUAAAUAAAGUAGUUGAAAUUGAUUUAAAAAAAAGUCCUGUUUUUUAUUCUUAUUAGUUAUUUUAAUCAAAUUAUAAUUGCCAUUAUAGCAGCUUAUGUGACACGGAAAAGCAUGCACAGCAGAAUCUCAACUAAUUCAAAACUUGUUAUGGUGUAGAUUUGCUUUUAUUAAAUAAAUUUUUUAGUUACGCAACUAUAAAAAUGUUUUACUCAGGCUACCAAAAAAAUUACAAGUUCCUUUUUUUUAUUUUUAAAUAAUGAAUAAAAUUUGGUUACUGUUUCAAUUGCCUAGUUGUUGAAACAUAUGUUUAUUGAACCAUUUAGUGCAAUAGUUGCUCAGCUCUAAAAAAUUAUACAAGUAUGAACAAAACCAUAACAAGCUUCUACUAUAUUAAUUAUACAAACCAUAACAAGCUGUAAUUUAUUUUUUUUAAAUCACUUUUUGUUUUUCUUUGAUACUUACCAGAUAUUUGCAUGUUUCUUUUAAAGACUCAUUUGUAAUAAGAAUGUAGAAAUGAAGGAAUAUAGUAACUCAUACUCAAAAUUAAGUAAAUUACAAAAACAAAACAAAAAAUAAUAAAGUAAAUAUUUUUUUGCAAAAGGAAUCUUUGUGCAACACCUAUUAAUUUCAGAGAAAUUUAGGAUUUUGCCAAACUCACAUUAAAUGUGGAUUGUAAGUGGUUCAAUUACUCCUUCUCUAAUGCUGUCAAAUUCUUCGUUUUACAAACGUUUGAUCAAAAUGCUGGUGCAGCAACUGGAAGUGAUAGCGAAUGUAUUCACUUUUGCAACUACAAGUUGACCUGUAAAUAACCAGAGUCUCCUCUUGGCGAGUCAACAAAAAAAAAGUGGCAAAUUGAAUUAAAUGAACAACUGGUCUUUUUAUAAGUUGUUUAAUGAUAAAAAUAAAUCAAUGCGCAACAGAAUUUUCAUUUAUAUGUCCUGUGUCUCCAUUCAAAAUUUUCAGAAACUAUCAAUUUGUGAUAGAAAGAUUCAUGUGGAAGAAGAGUUUUUUUUAACUACUCAUGUUACCUAAAGUUGUAAAGAAUGCACAUUAAGUGUAUUUCGCCUCCCUAAAUAUUUUUAAAAGAAGUUCUGUAAAGUCAGUAUGUUUAACUAAAUUGUUUCUCAUAUUUUGAAUAUGAAAUUUUGUUUUUAAAAAAAAAUAUAAAGUUUGCAAAAAGGGUCUAUUAAAUAAAAAAAGACCUAUCAAUAUAGGUCACAGACUCAUUAAGUUAAGUGGCUACUGAUCGAAAAUUUAAAUUUUCAGGUCUAACUACCACCCCUAAUUUCCAGUUGUCAACCAAACUUUGAUAAGGUUUUUGUAUUAGAUGAAACAUUUAGUAAAAAAUUGCUUUGUUAAACUGAUGGUAAAAUUCCGGUUUGUGAUAAGUGUAUUCUGUUUUAACAAAUAAAAAAAAAACCAUGUAACGGGUUCUGCUUAAAUAUUAUUUGUUGGGAAUAACUCAAAUUAGGUUUAUUUGUAGUUGUGUACUCUCCACAUCUUAAUAAUCCAAUUUCUUUUCUAUUACAUAGGACUUGCAUCUGUUAGUAUAAUUGAGAUUCUGCUGUUUUUCAGUUUUAUAUAUCUUAUAAGGAGCUAUUUAAACAAGAUACAAAAGUUGAGUUGUUUUAAAUAAAUUUGAUUUUGGUAUUGUUUCUUAGCUAGUACAUCUUAAAAUUUAUUUAUUAAAACUUAUGCAUUAUGUGAAAUGAAAACUAAAUGUUUAGUGUUGUGAAUUAUGAAUGAAAAUAUUUUUCUUCUUUUACAAUUGAUUUUUUUCUCUCUUUUUUUUCAUUAAGAAAAAUGAAUCGUUGUAAUAUACUAAAACUUGUAAAUAUGAUAUAUUAUAAUUCAUGUUGUUUUAUUAAUAAUUAAUUUUUUGUUGAUUAUUUUUAUAAACUACUCUAUUUAUCAAAUUACUAAAAACUUCAUUAUCUCCUAAAAUUAUUUAUAAAAGCUUUAACUGUAAUGAAUUGAGUGUGGUGCUGUAUGUUAAAAUAAAAAUUAAAGCUUUUUAUUAAACCACUAAAAUUCUGCAUAAAUAAACCAUAGUUUAUUAUGAAUUGGUUAGACUUGUGUGAAACCAGUAAAGAAAUUCUCUUUGUUCUGUGUGCGGCAUUAAAAACUCAGAAAAUUAGAGUUAGAAUUUUUUUAUUGUAUACGUAUAAGACUUGCUUCGAAACAGGUGCACCACAUUUAAAAAAGAAUCCAUUGGGGCGCAUUUAAAAUUGUUUAUCUGUACAAAAAGUUGUAAUGAAGUUGGACUGUGGUUUAUCAUCCGAAUAAAGUUCUUAUUUACA